UCUUUUUCAGGUGAAAUGGGACAACCUGUAAAAAUCGACAGAGAGAUGCUAACAGACGAAAAUAAGACAUUAUGGGAUUUAGGUUUUGAGAAGAAUUCUUUCAACCAGUUUGUUAGUGAUAUGAUAUCUGUCAACAGAUCCUUGCCGGAUGUUCGGUGGCCAGAAUGUAAGAACAUAAGAUAUGAAAACCUACCACAAGUCAGUGUUGUUAUACCAUUUUUGAAUGAAAGUUUUUCAGUUUUAGUUCGAACUGUACACAGUAUUUUAAAUCGUUCACCACCAGAACUACUGAAAGAGAUUGUUCUUGCUGAUGAUGCUUCUCAGAUGGAACAUCUUGGCAAGCCUUUAGAUGAUUAUAUGGCUAACUUCCCUAAGGUAUCUAUAGAGCGCCUAAAGAAAAGACAGGGUUUGGUGCAAUCACGAAUACUAGGAUUCAAUCACACCACGGCCCCUGUGGUGAUUUUUAUGGAUUCCCAUUGCGAAGUCACAAAUGGUUGGCUAGAACCGCUUCUUGAUCGGAUCAAACGAGAUUAUCGGACAGUUGUGUCAGCUAUUUUUGACGAUAUUGACGCCAUCGACUUCGGAUACACUAUAUGCGAUCAAUCGGAAACAGUUGUAUUUACGUGGGAUCUAAUGUAUGAUUGGACAAUAACUGACAGUAAAAACAGGAUAGAACCUAUUAAGACAGCAACGCUUACUGGAGGUUUUAUAGGUGUAAGUCGAAAGUUUUUCACCGAAAUUGGUAUGUUUGAUGAAGGAUUUCUGAUAUGGGGAGCAGAAAAUCUUGAAUUAGCUUUCAAAGCAUGGAUGUGCCACGGAAAAGUAGAAAUGAUCCCCUGUUCUCGUGUUGGGCAUGUAUGGAGAAAUGGAAAUCUUCCCUAUGAUGUUCCAACACAGGAUUAUAGAGGCCGCAAUUCAUUACGGUUGGCUGAAGUCUGGUUAGAUGAAUAUAAGGAAUUCGUUUACCAAUAUUAUGGGAAAGACCAUAAAACUAUUGACAUUGGCGACAUCAGCUCGAGGAAAGCUAUUAAAGAAAAAUUAAAAUGUAGAAGUUUCGAGUGGUAUAUCAAAGAAAUUGCACCAAAAACUUUUAUUCCAUCAAGAUGUCAUGCCUGGGGAUCAGUAAGGCUAUCAGUUGGUUACAUUGUACAAAAAUAA